AAUUUGGUUAGGCAGCAAGCACAUAUAGAUCUCUUAACCAAUCCAGCUAGCAAUGACUUCUAGUUUGAAGCCAUGGGCACUCCUCCUCGUCCUCCUCCUCUUUGCUGGACUUAGCCUUGGAGCGCCAGCGACGGUGUUCAAUGAGAACUUCGUGCCGGUAUGGGGUGCUGAUGGUUAUCACCUAGCCAAUCAUGGGACCCAGGUUUCCCUCAUCAUGGAUAGAAACUCCGGGGCGGGAUUUAGCUCCAAGAUGAUGUAUGGCUCAGGGUUGUUCCACAUGAGGAUCAAGAUACCCGCCGGGUAUACUGCCGGCGUUGUAACGGCCUUCUAUCUCACGACGCAACCCGAGUACGGUGACCACGACGAGGUGGAUUUUGAGUUCUUGGGCAACGUCGAUGGCAAGCCAGUGGCUCUCCAGACCAACAUCUUCCUAAACGGCCAGGGCUACAGGGAGCAGAAGUUCUACCUCUGGUUCGAUCCAUCAGCAGCUGUCCAUGACUACAAGAUACUCUGGAACCAGCACCAGCUCGUGAUGCUCGUCGACGAAAUGCCCAUACGGGUGCUGAAGAACCUACCAGGCCGCAAGCCGGGCUACCAGUUCCCAUCGAGGCCGAUGAAAAUCCGGGCGAGCAUCUGGGAUGGCUCUUCCUGGGCGACAGACAACGGCAAGAUCAGGGUCGACUGGAACCGUGCGCCGUUUACCUCUGCAUUCCAGAGGUUCAAUGUGGACGCCUGCCCGGCCACCGGAGGUGCACCAUGUGGCUCACCGAACCUGUGGUGGAACAAGUUCAGUGACCUAACGCCCGUGCAGAAGGAAGCGUACAAAAACGUCAAGAGCAAGUACAUGACCUACAACUAUUGUGACGACAAGGGAAGGUCCAACCUCCAUCUACCGGGAGAGUGUAUUUACAACUAA